ACAGAAUCACAUGACAAGUUGACAUCAAACCACCCUCUUUUUAUUACCGAUUUCUUUCUCUCAACUUUCCACAAUUUCUUUUUAAAGAUAAAUAAAUUAUACUCAAAUCACAGUUGAUUAGCAAAAGAACUCAAUCAAAUCAAAUCAAUGGCGGAGAAAGCAAAAAUUAUUGAUGGAUUGAAAUUCGAGCAAAGACAUGGAAAACAAAGGGUAAGAGUUGGAAGAGUUUGGAAGGAUUCAACCGGGUUUUGUCAUUUUGUUGAAUGGAGUGUUGGUAUCAGCCUUCUUUCUGAUUGCAAUCGCUCUUACACCCAUGAUGAUAAUUCUGAUAUUGUUGCUACUGAUACUAUGAAGAACACUGUUUACGCAAAAGCAAAGGAGAGCAAAGAGCAAAUUACUGCGGAAGAUUUCGCUAUUCUUCUUGCUAAGCACUUCACAUCAUAUUAUAAGCAGGUUACCACCGCCAUAGUAAAGAUAGUAGAGAAGCCAUGGAAGCGUGUGAAUAUAGACGGUCGACCACAUAAGCAUGGUUUCGAACUUGGAUCUGAAAAACAUGUUGCUGAAGCUGUCUUGAGUAAAUCUGGUGCCUUAAAUUUAUCGUCAAGCAUUGAAGGAUUAUCACUCUUGAAGACCACAAAGUCUGGUUUCGAAGGAUAUGUUAGGGACCAGUACACACUUUUGCCCGAAACACGAGAGAGGAUGCUUGCCACAGAACUCGCGGCUACAUGGAGGUAUUCAUUCGAAAAUGUUCAUAACGUUCCAUCAAAACCACUAUACUUCGCUGAAAGAUACUCUGAUGUGAGGAAAGUGUUAGUUGAUACUUUCUUUGGUCCUCCUGAUGAAGGUGUUUAUAGUCCAUCAGUUCAGAGCACCCUUUAUCAAAUGGCAAAGGCUGUUCUCAACAGAUUUCAUGUUAUAUCAUCUGUCAGUCUGAGAAUGCCUAAUCUGCAUUUCAUUCCAGUUAAUCUAUCAAGCAUACAGAAUCCAAAUCUAGUCAAGUUUGCCGACGAUGUAUACCUUCCUACUGAUGAACCCCAUGGAUCAAUUGAAGCAAGCUUGAGUCGCCUUCAUUCAAGGAUGUAAAUAUCUGUGUAAAUGUAUAUUGGGAUGGUUGUUUCUACUUUUCUUACUCCUUGGGAUCCAAGCAAUAAGGCAGGAACACUUUGCUUCUUUUUCAGUAUUUUCCCCUAAAUUCUUUCGGGAUGUUAGAACUCAAAAGUGUUAUGGAGCUGCUUAAAGUUAAAUAGCUAAGGUUACUAAGUUAACAAAUAUUGGAGGUGAAAGGUUGUUCAUCAUGGGAUUUGGUUUUGGAGAGAGAUUUUUAGGUGUCUACGCUACCCAAUCUGAGUAAGGGUGGUUUCUGUUUAGUUGGGGGUUAGGGUUUCGGGUGUGGGUGGUUUCUGAUUAGAUGGUGGCAAUUGAGGAAGGUUUCUGUUUAGGUUGAGGCGGGCGAGUGGGGAGAGAGAAGGAUGGCAAGGAAGGUGUGUGGCUUGUGGCGUGUGGCUCAGGGGAGGAAAGGUGGUGGAGGUGGCUGGGGCUAAUUUGGUAAUUUUUUAUGACUGAAAAUAAAUUUUUGUUAAUUAAUUUUAAAAUAGUUAAUUAC